CUCAGAUUUCUCGGUUUCUCCCAGCCGAGUCCGCGGUGCCGCUUCCACAUCACGGCAGACUGCAAACCGAGACGACGACGACAUAAACCGAGCGUGCUACAACCCAGCAGCCACCCCAAACGGACUGUGUUGUACCAAAUCCUCCUAACCCAAAACAAGGUGAUGAGAUUCGAUCCUAAGGGAAUGCUGCUGCUGAGAUGACCUGCAUGACAUUGCUUUUCUCAAGAGAUCAUUCUCCAAUCAGAAGAGUGGGGGGAAAUCUCACCAGGACAUGGUUGGCAGGUUCACAUGAUGGACAGGUGAUGGAGUCUUCCAUCAUCUUUCUCCACCGGUGAUUCGUCCAGCCAGCCUUCCCUCUAAGGCGCAAGUGUGUACCAGCGGUCCAAGGCCCCCUAUUUCUCUGCCAUGGUGACAUAAGCAGCGCUGCAAUAUGAGGGAGAGCCAAAGUGAGACCGUCUCAUUUCUUUCUCCAGUAGCUGCUGCAGCUGCUCCCUUGACGCCGUUUGUGUUUAACUCAAUAGAAAGACUGAGUUUGUUGUGAGGUACCCCUGCCUGCUGUUUUCUACCCUCACCGCGAUAGACUGUCCCUGUGUUGCUGGGCUGGUGGGGCGGAGUGGUGUGGUGUGGCGUGAGACGAUGCUGGGAUGCGUGACACGCCUCCGUCGGCUGGUCCGUCUCCUCCCUCUGCAGACCUCCCUCCUCCUCCUCUUCCUCUUCUGCACCGUCAGUGUCUUCAUCUCUGCCUACUUCCUCUAUGGCGUCAAGCGGGAGUUGGAGCCGUCGGGAGGGGGCGUGUCGGGGGCAGAGGGAGCCUCCGCCGACUCCGACGACCCCAGGGUCACUCCGUCGCGCCUACUUCCUCUGCGGGGCGUCCCGGGGGGUCCGGGGGCGGAUCCUGGAGGGGCCAGGACAGAUCCUGUGGUUCUGGUGUUUGUGGAAAGCCAGUAUUCUCAACUGGGUCAGGAGAUUGUGGCCAUCUUGGAGUCUGGCCGCUUCAGGUACAGGACUGAAAUCUCCCCCGGUAAAGGGGACAUGCCCACACUGACGGACAAAGAGAGGGGGCGUUUCACUCUGGUGAUUUAUGAGAACAUUCUCAAGUAUGUUAACUUGGACGCCUGGAACCGAGAGCUGCUGGACAAGUACUGCGUGGAAUAUGGAGUGGGCAUCAUUGGCUUCUUCAAGGCCAAUGAAAACAGUCUGCUCAGUGCACAGCUGAAAGGCUUCCCCCUCUUCCUUCACUCCAACUUGGGUCUGAAGGACUGCACUGUCAACCCCAAGUCCCCCCUGCUCUUCAUCACUCGAUCCGGGCAGCCCCUGCCAGGUCCCCUCCCCGGGGAUGACUGGACUGUUUUCCAGUCCAACCACUCAACAUACGAGCCUGUGUUGCUGGCCAAGACCCAAUCAGCUGAGAGCGUGGCAUCAAUGGGGCAGAACGCUGCUCUGCUCCCGUCUGUGGUGCAGGACCUGGGGCUCCAUGACGGCAUCCAGAGGGUCCUGUUCGGCAACAACUUGGUCUUCUGGUUGCACAAGCUGGUGUUCGUGGACGCUGUGGCCUUUCUGACGGGGAAGAGGCUCUCGUUGUCCCUGGAGCGCUACGUCAUGGUGGAUAUAGACGACAUCUUUGUGGGCAAAGAGGGCACACGCAUGAAGGUGCCUGAUGUGAAGGCCCUGCUGGAGACUCAAAGGGAGCUGCGCACCCAUGUGCCCAACUUCACCUUCAAUCUGGGCUACUCAGGGAAAUUCUUUCACGCUGGGUCUGAUGAGGAGGACCUGGGAGACGACCUGCUGCUUUCCUACGUGAAGGAGUUCUGGUGGUUUCCUCACAUGUGGAGCCACAUGCAGCCCCAUCUUUUCCACAACCAGUCCGUUUUGGCUGAACAGAUGUUGCUCAACAAGAAAUUUGCCAUGGAGCAUGGGAUCCCCACCAACAUGGGUUAUGCGGUGGCGCCCCACCACUCUGGCGUCUACCCUGUUCAUUUGCAGUUGUACGACGCCUGGAAGAAGGUGUGGGGCAUCAAGGUGACCAGCACGGAGGAAUACCCCCACCUGAAGCCCGCUCGCUUCCGCAGAGGUUUCAUCCACAGCGGCAUUAGCGUGCUGCCCAGGCAGACGUGUGGUCUUUUCACACACACCAUCUUCUAUAAAGACUACCCAGGCAGCCCGAACGAACUGGACAAGCUCAUCAAUGGAGGAGAGCUCUUCCUCACUGUUUUACUGAACCCU